UCCAAGAAACCGGAAGUAUUGCAUAUCGUAGGUAAACAAAUCGAAAAUAAUGAAUGACUCUCUGUGAUGCAAUUGCACUUUAUUUGGGAAGAGGAUGAAUGGAAUGAUGAUAUCGGCAUGUAAAGUCUAGACACAAUGUUACCGAAUGACAUAUAGAUCUACUGAACACCCUCGAAAUGGCGACUGGAGGAGACGUCGAACACUGUCGUCAUGGCCAGGAGUGGGCAUUACAUCAUAAAAAUAACUAUUUAGAGCAAAGCGAUGAGACGCAGAAAAUUCAUUUGGGACGCAAGUUUGUCUGAUAUGGCGAGUCCCGUGGAUGCGUCAGAGACGUCACAGACUCCAAGUGAUGGCCCUGGAAUCUAUUUAUGAGCCAGCAGAGGGAGAGGUUGCAUUGAGUGUUCUGAGUCGCCCUGACGUGGACGUGGACAGUGAACCAAAGGAUGGACUCUUUUGUAUUCAGGUGGAUAUACCAGUAAAGACCUCUGGUAAAGCAGUUACAGUGGACAUAUAUAUGCCAUCAAACGAACUGGAAAAAAAUGUGGACUUUUCUGUGUUCAGGCGAUCAGACUCAGGAAUGAGAAUAGUUGGCUCAGUGACAGUCAAGUAUUUAUACCCUAUCAGUCUAACUAUUGUACUUCCCCAUGAAUACCCUAGCAGUGCCCUUCCAAAGUUCACAAUGUCUUGUCCAUGGUUGACCUCACUCCAUAUGACCUCUUUGUGUCAGAUGAUGGACAGGCUGUGGGAAGAGUCUAUGUACAUGCCAGUUUUGUUUACAUGGAUUACAUGGCUUCAAGAGAACCUAAUGGAUCAUCUUGGUUUGAGAGAUAGGAUAUUACUGCAAACUGAUGAUGUAGAAGACAGUGACAAUAGAGUCUUAUCUGAAUGCAUGCAAAUAGAGGAAGCUGUGACUAGUAUCCUCAGGUAUGAUCAUCACAGAGACGAAGACGAAUUUACUCAGCGUGAACAGGAGUGUAACAUUUGUUUCACACAGCAGACAGGCAGGACUUUCAUAAGGAUCCAGCCUUGUAAACAUCACUUCUGUCGAGACUGUGUUGAUGAAUAUUGCAGGACACACAUUAAGGAUGGCAAUGUUUUGAACCUGAAGUGUCCAGAAACAGACUGUAAAUGUGAGAUCCCACCACCACUGGUAUCAGCCAACCUUACCCCUGAAGAGUAUGAAAGAUAUGAAACUUUAUCUCUAAGGAAAGGACUGGAUUGCAUGGGAGACAUUGUUUGGUGCCCCCGCUGUCAGAACCCUGUCAUUCAGGAAAAAGAGGAGGAGCUUAAGCUGGGUCACUGCCUUGCCUGCUUCUACAGUUUCUGUACACAGUGUCAGGAGCAAUGGCAUCAGGGAAAAUGUUAUGCAGACCUUCUUGAACAAGAAAUGGAUGAUAAGAAAGAAAACUUUGAGGAGGAAAGGCAAAAAAGGCUGGCCAGGAAACGAGAGGAAAUGCUGAGCCGUGAAGUCAUUGCUAAAACCACACAACCAUGCCCAAGUUGCAAAAUGGACAUCUCUAAAAUGUCUGGAUGUAACAAGGUGGUUUGUGGAUACUGCUCCAAAGCAAUGUGCUGGGGUUGUGGAAAAGACAUUACAAGGGAAUCUUAUGCACAUUUUAGCGAAUGUUUUGUAGAUACAUUCCAUGUAGACUACAACAACGACUUUUUUAAUGAUGGAGGAGUAUUAUUACGUAGAAAUCUUGGUACACAGAUACAUAAGAGGGAGCCUAACCCGACACUUGCUCAAAUCAACUUGACUUUGACUACACAUCCUGAGGAGAAGAAGAAUUUAAUCAGAUGUCCAUACUGCAAACAACGAAAUCUGAAAAGUAAUAAUGAUAACCAUAUUCGCUGUUGGAACUGCUCUCAUAGCACAUGUUUCCUGUGCAAGAAGGCCAUUUUAGAAAUCCCAAUCACUAAACAUUUCUUGCCACCAAGUCUCUGCAAACAACACACAUCAUGACAAAAAAGGAUGCAACGAUUCAUCUCUGUUCACAGAAAUAAUAAAAAUACCAAAAAGUAAA